CGCACUUCUCAUCAACAAUCUUCACUUCACCUUGUCAGGCCAAAUAUAUUCCGUUCGUUUCUCGAGAAAAUUCCGAAUUCUCUAAUGGCGAAACUACGAUUACCCUAAAGCACUCAUCUCCUAGCGUCAGAUAACAACCUAAUCACAGAUGUUCCUGAACAACGUAACCCGACGGAAGCUAGCCACUCUGCUACGGCCAUGGCUUCGAGAAGAGCCCGACCUCGAACUCAAAUUAGGGCUUCUCAAUUCCCAUGCGGUCGCCAAGAACCUCCGCUUCGAUACUUCGGUUCUCAACCAGCUCUUCGACGAAUCGUCCCAGUUUUCCUUCAAAGAGGUCACUGUCGAACACUUGACCGUUCGGUUCUCGAACUGGUUCGUCCCUGCCUUUUCAAUCGAAUUUCAAGGCGUCACUGUGACACUAUCACCUGGGGAAUUGAUGGAAGAGAGAAAUGUAGAACUUAGGCCGAAACCGAGGGAUAAAUUUGCAGAAGAUAUGAAGAAGAAGCUUUCUGAGAUUGAUCCUGAGGGUAGUGCUUUGCGUGGUGUUCUCGAAAAGCUCUUGGCCACUUCUCCUUCAACAAAUAACUUUAGGACAACCCUUUGCAAUCUGAUACUUAAACACUGCCAGCUUCGAAUGCAUGACAUCAAUGUGGAAGUGCAGGUUCCCAUCUUAAAUGAUUCACUUGUUUGUUUGUUGAAUUUAAAAGAUAUUAAUGCAGAUCCUCAGUAUCUUGAUCAUGGGUGUCUUCUUCGAGGCCUAUUUGGUGCACUCUUUCUACCUUUGAAAGAGAUCUCUUUUACUCUAGUAGGCAGUGGUUUUGAAGUUGGGUUUAAGAGGGCAGAUCAGCUCAAACACGUCUUGUUAUUGUCUGAUUUGUGCACUUGCAUUAAAUUGAAUGACCUUCAGCUUGUGGACAUAAGUCUUGGAAUUCCAGAAUUACGUUUUUCAUUUUCUCCGGAUGAUAUUUUCUUCUAUUCAGCAUUUGGUAAAGCAUCAUCACAAGAAUCUCAUUGUUCAAGAAAUGCUGUCCAACUAUGGAAACUAGCUGCAAGCAGAAUUGACAAUGUGACUUCAGGCCCUAGACGGUCGUUGCAAAAAUUAGUUGUUGUUGUUUGUUUAUGGCUACGUUAUGUUAAUGCUUAUGAGCAUUUACUGUUACUAAUUGGAUAUUCUGAUGACCACUCAUUGAAGAGAUCAGCUACUAGAAUUUCACAGGACAAGAUGUUUUUCAGUUCUGUUAAAAACCAAAUGAAGGUGAUUUCUGAUAUUGAGAAAGAGUUGCCGGCUGAAGCUAUUGCACAGGCAUGGAGAAUAGCACGUCAUAGAGCAGCAUCAAAUGUUCAAUGUGCCAAAGAUGGUUUAAGAAAAUCAUUUGUGACAAUUCACUUCAACUUCCUUCUCAAGAUCCUUUUCAUACUAGCCUGUACCUGGAGAGUUUUGUGCAAGAUAAUCCACUUUAUCAUACGCUUGUUAACUUUUAGGAAAGUAUUGGCCAAAGAGCCAAAAAAAGCGAAUUUGAAGAUUGUUUCUGGAGGUCCAUGUACAGAGUUUUGCUUCAUUUUGAUCCUUGGAAAUGUUCUAAUCACUAUUUCUCAUAUAAAUGAAAUUCAACUUGCAGUAAAUGAGAAAUUAGAAUCCCAUAUUGGGACCUCUUGCUCGGAUUUCCUUUCAUUUCGUCUUUCAGUUGAUUCACUGUUGUUAAAAUAUGUAGAAAACACGUGUGAACAGUCUGUACUUAUAUCCUGUGGGCAGUUAAAGGUUAGAUCCUCAUCUCUUUUGGAAGCUACUGUUAAGGAAAGGAGCUCAAAAUCAUAUUUUAGUUCUAUGGAAGCACAUUGGAAGGAGAGUAAUGAUGAUUUGAAGAAUAUUUUGUGGGCUGAGCCAGCACAAAAUUUUCCCCUUUCAGAAACUUACAAACCUGGUUAUGCCGAUCAUGUGGAAGGUGCUUGUCUCUCACUUCUGAAAAAUUUUCUUGGAGACAUGUGGUUGAACUGGAACACAGCUUGCAAGGAAUUUGAAAAAAGUGAGAUCCAGUACUUUGAAAAUCCAUUCCUUCUGUGUGAAAUUAAAAACUUCUUGACAUAUCCAGACCUCAAAAAUUCAGAUUCUGGGUUUUUGAAAUUCUUUUUGACUCUAGGAAAGUUGAACAUAGUUUUGGGAUGUUCGUCAAUACUAUCAAUAUCUCUGCUCUUUAAGCAAAUACAACGUGUUCUAUUCUGGACAGAGGACAAUGGUCAAUCAGUGGUUCUGUCACAUUCUCCAAGAGCUAGUGAGGAUAACAAAUACAGGUGCUAUGCGAGUAAAUUAGAAAUGACACUGCUUAAGAUACUUCCAGAGAAACAUAUUCAACUAGGGAUAUUUGCAGCCGGUCCUCACAUUCAUAUUUCAUUGGGAAAGAAUUUUGAUGCUGGAAACAAAGACAUAAACCAUGAAGUUGGUCAGGAGGAAUUUCACCUUGCAUUUGAUUUUCGCAACAUUGAAGCUGCAGUUUGGCCAACUUCACAAUUUGAUAUGGAAUCAUUUGUGGCGCCCUCAGGACCCGAUGAUAUAGAACCAGAGUGCCUCAGGUUGGAGCAGCCUCUAAUAGUCGAUAUGUUUAAAUCAGAUAGUGGGAAGUAUCAAUGUCAGGAGUGGAUUUCUCUUGGUUCUUACUUACGAGUUGGUGGUUUAGAGGCUUACCUGGUCGACUCAGCAGGAAAAAGACAAAGCCAAAUUUUAGGUUUGAAGCCAAUGACUCUGCGUUUGUUAUCCUUCAGGGAGUAUGUUCAUUCAUUUAGCACAAGUGUUAUUGCUUUCUCAGCAGCUUUGUGUGGGACAGCUGAAGGAUUCACUAUUUUAUCAUAUGCAGAUGAGUUUUAUGUUUUCUUUCAGGUGCUUGAAAAUUUAUCUUCUGCGAUAUCAUAUUCAUCUAGCAGUUUUGGGUCUAUUAGUUACUUGCCUUUUAAGUUUGCAAAGCAAGAAUUUGCAAUUUCUGAACCUGAGAAUGCGGAGACAACUGCACAUGGAGCCCCCUUGAAUUAUAGCAAUUCCCUAUUUUCAAUUAAUGGGACCUUCAAAAUCAAGUCAGUGGCUAUAAUUCUUCACAAGUCCAGGAUCAGUGCUAAUGUGGACAGUUCUGUAGGAAACUCUGAUGUUUCAAGUAGCAAAAAGUUAGCUGAGCAUGACUUGCCUGACUGUGGAAUUUCAAUUUCAAUUCACCAAACAACUGCUGAUUUAUCUUGGAAGGAAGGAAAAGUGAAAGUUCUUUCUAAUUUAUCAGAAAUCCAGUCUGUAAUUUUUAAAUAUAAGAAUCAGAAGGGAAAAAGUACUGAUCAUAGUGAUCUGCUAUUGCAAUCUUUUGAUUGCUUAUAUGAACUAUCGCUUUCUAGUUCUAUAUUCAAUUUUUCACUGUCCCUCUCUCAGAAUUACCUAUCUUCAGAUAAUGUUAGCAAUGCACCUGGUACCUCUGCUUCUAUUGAUAAAGCAGUGCACGUGGAAAAUCUUCCAUUCACCACUAAUUCUGAAAGUUCAAAUGGUCAGGACUGUAGAUUUCUUCAGGAUAUAGAAUUUGCUUCAAAUGUACCACCACCGGGCUCAGGUCAUUGGUUACUGAUAAAUGUUGUGUUGGAUACUAUUUAUAUGGGAAGGUACUCAGCAAAGAAUGUUAUGAAUGGGGCACAUCAGCUAAAUAAGCUUUUGUCAUCACUUUCUGUUGGUGGUGAAUUUCAAACAAUCUGUUGUGGAAUUCAGGGUGGUUUUCUUUUCCUUGAAAUAACAGCUUUGGCUACCUUCGUCAACUGUUUUGCCUCGUAUCUUCAUUGUUUCGCAAAUCUUUUAUCUGGUUUACAAUCAUCUGAUGAACACAUCGAAGAAGCUGAAAUAUCUGUGGAUACAACCAGACCAAAUGAUCAUUCUGUUCAGGAGUAUAUGCAAGAGACUCACUGUACAUCUCAACAGGCCCAAAUCACACAGAUGGAAGCUUUCAUCUUAAAUAUUUCUCAUUUUUCUUGUGUUCUUGUGAUUGAAGACGAACAUGGUGGUAUGCAGGAACUUGUGCUUGAGGUUGAUGUCCAUUUGAACUUUCAAGUGACAAACAUGAGAAGAAAACUCGUAUUUGAUCUUUCUCGCAUGUCAAUCCUUGCUCAGGCCUUUCAAGAAAUUGUGGAAAAUGAAAUCCAAAUUCCUCAUUUUUCUUCUGUCACAUCAAAUGUUUUUCCAUCUGAUGUUGUAUCUGGAAGUUCUGCUGAAUUUUCUCAUCAUGGGGAUAGGAUUCUUCCUGUUAAUGAUGCAAGCUGUUCAAGAGAUCCUGGACCACAGGAAGAGUUUUCUUUACAUAAUUCUCUGCCUGAGGCCUUCCGUCCAAUUCAUCAGAAUUAUAUCCUGAAGCAUGCAGGUGCCGUCAUAUCAGUUGAGAAGCCUUUAAAUGAUUCUUUGUGCUUAAACGAGGUUUGGGUUGGAAGUGGAUCUAUAUCAUGUUUUGAUAUUACAAUAUCUCUGUCUGAAAUACAGAUGCUCUUGUCUAUGAUUUCAUCUUUCUCUGGGGUAUUCAAAGAGGAGAUGAUCAGUGAACCGGAUAGAAGGCACCAGUCAAGUAAUGAGGAAUUCAAAAACAGUUUGGAGACAAUGAUUCCUAACGGUGCAAUAGUUGCAAUUCAGGAUGUCCAUCAACACAUGUACUUCACCGUUGAGGGCGAGGAGAAUAAGUUCAAUUUAGUGGGUGUAGUUCAUUAUUCUCUUGUUGGAGAAAGGGCUCUUUUCAGGGUCAAGUAUCACAACCAAGGGAGAUGGAAGUCAUCAGUUUCGUGGUUCUCCUUGAUAUCAUUGUAUGCUAAGAAUGAUUUAGGAGAGCCAUUGCGCUUGAACUACCGUCCAGGAUCUGGUUUUGUUGACUUAUCUAGCGCUAAUGAUAAUGGGUGGGCACUUUGGAAAGCAAUUUCUUGUAAGCCUGAGAAUUCUGAGGGUGACAUUGACUGGGAGCCCAACAUUCAAUUGGUUCAAAGGACCUUUUACCUUUUGAAUAAGAAGAGUGACUCUGCUGUUGCUUUUGUAGAUGGAAUUCCAGAGUUUGUUAGGAAGCCUGGAAAUCCAUUCAAGUUGAAAGUGUUCCAUAAUGCUUCUGUAGCUCGUGACAUAAAGAUGGAGAGUUACCCUGGGGAGGCAUCUGGAACUAGUCUGCAACAUGACGCACUCAGAGAUGACGGGAACACUUCUGUGAGAAGUGGAAAACUCCCUUGCAUUGAUGUUACUUUUGACAAAAUUUCUUUGACCAUUUUCCAUGAACUUGUAGAUACAGAAGACAUGUUUCCUCUCCUUUGUGGUUGUAUUGACCAAACCAAACUUACUGUCCAAAUUCUCCCUUCUAAAACUAGGGUUAUCAGCAUGUCAACUGCAGUGCUACAUUACUUUGAUGCACAAAAAAACUUAUGGAGAGAACUUCUCCACCCAGUUGAAGUAUGCCUUUUCUAUCGUUCUAGCUUCCAACUUCAGGGAUCACAAGCUGUUUCGCAUGGAGUACCUGUUCAUAUCCACUGCAGAACUAAAGAGUUGAAUAUAUCCCUUUCCGAGCUUUCACUGGACAUACUUCUCUUUGUGAUUGGGAAGUUGAAUUUAGCCGGUCCUUAUUCAGUGAGAAGCAAUAAGAUUUGGGCCAAUUGCUGCAAGGUGGUGAACCAGUCAGGAUCAGACCUUCUCUGUCACUUCUUUGACAAGCAAAGUGUAACAGUUUCUAGAAUGCAGUCUGCAUCCGUUAUUUUAAGGUGCUCGGAUUUGGCAAAUCAACCUCCAGAGAUUGCUUCAGUUGUUUCAAUCCAACUUGCAGUUCCUGGAUCUUUUGUGACUAAAUCAAUUGAUGUCUCUCUCAUAGAAACUCAAGUACUUGCUUGGAAAACGCAAAUAACGUCACUUCAAGAUUCAAAAAAUUUCCCUGGCCCAUUUGUUGUUGUUGAUGUUUCAAGAAAAUCUGAGGAUGGUUUGUCAAUUGUUAUUUCUCCUCUGAUAAGAAUACAUAAUGAAACUGGAUUACCUAUGGAGCUACGAUUUCGACGAGCUCAGCAGAAGGAAGAUGAGUUUGCUUCAGUGAUGCUAAAUGCAGGUGAUACAAUUGAUGACUCCAUGGCCAUGUUUGAUGCUCUAAAUCUUUCUGGUGGAAGAAAGAAGGCACUGAUGUCUUUAGGUCUUGGUAACUUCUUGUUGUCUUUUAGACCUGAAAUUCCAGAUGGCUUCAUGACUUCCAAGAAUUCACUUUCAGUGGAAUGGUCAGAUGAUCUUAAAGGUGGAAAGGCAGUUCGUCUCUCUGGAAUUUUUGAUAGAUUAAGCUACAGAGUGCGGAAUGCUUUGUUUACAGAAUCGGUGAAAUGUUCCUUCAGCACUGCACAGUGUACCCUUAAAUCUGAAGGGGCCAGUAUUUCUGACAUGCAUUUUCUGGUUCAAAGUAUCGGGAGAAAUGUUCCUGUUGUACAACCUAAUCGGUCUACAGAUGUCCUCGAAAAUAACAAGUCACCAGUUGCAUUUCAAGAGCAAAAGGAUAUUUAUCUUCUUCCUACAGUACGCGUAUCCAAUUUGUUGCACACGGAGGUACAUGUAUUUUUAAGUGAAUCAGAUCGAUGUUACGCUGUUGGGUCUGACAACGAUAGGAAUCAAUCAACCAUAUCAUGUGGUUCGAUGGUCAAAUUUUAUGCCAAUCCUUCCAUAAUUUACUUUACUGUUACUUUGACUGCUUAUAAUUCAAGCUGCAGACCAGUGAACAGCAGUGACUGGGUCAAAAAGUUACAGAAGCAGAAAGGUGAUGUCCCUUGUUUGGACAUUGAUCUGGAUUUUGGUGGGGGAAAGUAUUUUGCUUCCUUAAGAUUGUCUCGAGGGAACAGGGGAACAUUAGAGGCUGCUAUCUUUACAUCAUAUUCCCUGAGAAAUGACACAGAGUUUACCCUUUAUUUCUAUGUGCCUAACAAGAGGCCUCUUUCUAGGGAUGAAGCAGAGAACUAUGGUUCGGGCAUUCCUCCAGAGUUUGGAUCAUAUUUGCCUCCAAAAACAACCAGAUCAUGGUUCUUGAAACCCAACAAAAUGUGUCUCAAAUUGCUACAAGAUAAUGCAUCUGAGACACUGAUCGACUUGGAUGCUUUAUCAGGCCUUGCGGAGAUAAGCUUGGAAGUCGAGGAUGGAUCUGGAGUCAAAUAUAUUACAAAGCUUGGGGUUUCCACGGGACCACCUUUGAGUAGAGUGGUAAUACCAUCACAAGUAGUAACUAUGGUCCCAAGACAUGUUGUAGUUAAUGAGUCAGAACAACGUAUCAUAGUUCGUCAAUGUUAUUUACAGGAUGACUCAGUAGGCAUGAUCCCCAUAAACAGUAAGCAGAGGGCAACUCUACAGCUGCAGGAUGGCAUGAACAAGAAAAGAGAUUUCAGUUUAUUUGAGCACAUUAUGAAAAGGCACAGAAAAGUUAAUGAUGAUUCACUAAUAUAUCUUCAGUUUCGAUUGAAUGAGUCUAAAUUAGGUUGGUCAGGGCCUGUAUGCAUCGCAUCACUAGGAAGAUUUUUCCUCAAAUUCAAAAAGCCUCAUAUGGACCAAGCGACAGCACUAGAAAGCAGUGUAACAGAAUUCGCUGCUGUUCAUGUUGUGGAAGAAGGUUCUACUCUUGUUUUACGCUUCCAUAAACCUCCAAAUGUCAGUCUACCAUAUCGGAUUGAGAAUUGCUUGCAUGAUGUAUCUAUAACUUACUACCAGAAGGAUUCAUUGGAGCCAGAGAUUCUUGGAUCUGAAAGUGGUACUGAUUAUGUUUGGGAUGAUUUGACUCUUCCGCAUAAGUUGGUUGUCAGAAUCAAUGAUAGUCUUCUACUACGUGAAAUUAACUUGGAUAAGGUACGGGCAUGGAAGCCUUUCUACAAACUACGGCAACAGAGUGGGUUGGCAUCUCAUUUACCAUUGGGAAAAAGAUCAGUUGACCAGAGGAUUGAUUUUGGUGAGUUAAAUGCCAUGGAGAUGGUGAAGGUGGGGUACGAAGUAUAUGCAGACGGUCCGACCCGGGUUUUGAGAUUUUGUGAGAUUUCCAGGAGCCACAAGGGAGAUAAAAUGUUUCAUUCAUGUGAGAAGAUUCAACUAAGAGUUCCACAAUUCACAAUCCACUUACUUGAACAUGAAAAGAAGGAUGGAGAUGAUAUGGAGCCAUCAGCUUACACACCAAUCUUAGCUGCUAGAAUUGGGAAUAUUAACUUUGAUUCUCUCUUUACUCAUGAGCAAAAAUUUAGCCAGAUCUGUGUACAGUCAGUGAAUUUGGAGCACAAGUGGGUGGGGGCUCCUUUUGCAGCAAUGCUUCGUAGACAUGAAUCCGACUACAAUGACUCAAAUGACUGUGUACUCAAAAUUGUUGUUGUCUUCCUUUCAACCAGCUCUAAUGUCGUACAAGUUAAAUACUCAUCGAUUGCUCUGCAGCCAAUGGAUUUAAAUCUUGAUGAGGAGACAUUAAUGAAAAUCGUCCCAUUUUGGAGAACAUCUCUUAGUAACUCCAAGAGUCAGCAAUACUACUUUGAUCAUUUUGAGAUUCACCCGAUAAAGAUUUUUGCAAACUUUCUUCCUGGGGACUCGUAUUCAAGUUACAGUUCAGCUGAGGAGACUCUAAGGUCCUUACUGCACAGUGUAGUAAAGGUCCCUGCGAUUAAAAAUAAGGUUGUAGAGCUCAACGGCGUUAUGGUCACUCAUGCUCUGAUAACAAUGCGUGAAUUACUUAUCAAAUGUGCACAACAUUAUUCAUGGUAUGCCAUGAGGGCUAUCUAUAUUGCAAAAGGAAGUCCAUUGCUUCCACCAGAUUUUGUGUCAAUCUUUGAUGACUUGGCUUCAUCCUCUCUUGAUGUCUUCUUUGAUCCUUCCCGUGGGUUAAAAAAUCUUCCAGGUUUGACUUUAGGUACCUUCAAAUUAAUCAGUAAAUGUAUUGAUGGUAACGGGUUCUCAGGGACAAAACGCUAUUUUGGUGAUCUAGGAAAAUCUUUGAGAACAGCGGGGUCAAAUGUACUCUUUGCUGCAGUCACUGAAAUAUCAGACUCUGUUUUGAAGGGUGCAGAAGCAAGUGGUUUUAACGGAGUGGUGACUGGAUUUCACCAAGGAAUUUUGAAAUUGGCUAUGGAGCCAUCAUUACUGGGGACCGCUUUGAUGGAAGGUGGCCCAGAUAGAAAGAUUAAGCUUGACCGGAGUCCUGCAGCUGAUGAGUUAUAUAUUGAAGGUUACCUGCAAGCCAUGUUGGACACAGUGUUUAGACAAGAAUAUUUGAGAGUCAGGGUCAUCGACAAUCAGGUUUACCUCAAAAACCUACCCCCGAACAGUUCUCUUAUAGAAGAGAUUAUGGAUCGUGUGAAGGGGUUUCUUGUGAGCAAGGCAUUGCUAAAAGGAGAUCCUUCAAUUACAUCUCGCCCCUUGAGUCAUCUUCGAGGUGAAAGUGAGUGGAGACUCGGACCGACUGUGCUGACAUUAUGUGAGCACCUGUUCGUGAGCUUCGCCAUUCGAUUGCUGAGGAAGCAAGCGAAUAAGUUCAUUGCCGGCAUCAAAUGGAAUUCGGAGGGUGACAUUGCAAAGGCCGUUGUGCCUGCAAACCCUGCUGAGUUAGCACCCAGGGUUAAGUUCACUUGGAAAUGGGGCAUUGGGAAGUUUGUUUUAUCAGGCAUUGUAGCAUAUAUAGAUGGUAGGUUAUGUCGUUGUAUUCCUAAUCCGGUGGCCCGUCGCAUUGUCAGUGGCUUUUUGUUGACUUUCCUCGAUAACAAGAACAACGAAUGAAACCCCUUUUCCGUUUGCAUUUUUUAUUUCUUCCUCGUUAUAAAUUGUCUAUAUGUUGUAAUUUUAGCAGUACAUUAUAGUAUUUUUUAUUAUUUUUUUAAUCUUUUGGGAAGGGGCGAUUCAAACUUAAGAGAAAUGUCACUAGACGAAUAGCUAAUUGGUACAGUAAUAUUUUACUAUUUUAGCAGUUUCCGUUUCAGUCAAA